AUGUUCCCUCACCCCUACCGCUCUUCUGCCCUUGCCUUCACGGACCCCUUAGCCUACCGGUCUCCUGCACUCGCCUUCACGGACCCCUCAGCCUACCGGUCUCUUGCACCCGCCUUCACGGACCCCUUAACCUACCGGACUCCUGCACCCGCCUUCGCAGACCCCUUUGCCUACCGAUCUUCUGCAGCCGCCUACGCGGACCCCUUAGCCUACCGAUCUUCUGCAGCCGCCUACGCGGACCCCUUAGCCUACCGGUCUCCUGCACCCGCCUUUGCCGACCCCUUAGCCUACCGGUAUCCUGCAUCCGCCUUCGCGGACCCCGAAGCCUACCGGUCUCCUGCAUCCGCCUUCGCGGACCCCGAAGCCUACCGGUCUCCUGCAUCCGCCUUCGCGGACCCCGAAGCCUACCGGUCUCCUGCAUCCGCCUUCGUGGACCCCUAA